AUGUCUAUUUGUUUAUGCAAAAGAUGGUUGAGAAAUAGCAAAGAUGAACAAUUACGAGUAGGUUCUAAGGUGUGGCAGAAGUUGAGGAUGCAUAGAGGCAGAGAUGCUGAUGAAUUAAUUUCACAAUUUUAUCAACAAAACUUUAGUAAACAAUAG